GGGGCGAUGGUGGCCGGCGGGCGGGCGAGGAAGCUGGUGCGGCGGUACCGGCUGGCGGCCGCCACGGCCCUCGCCAUCCUCCUGCUCCAGGGGCUCGUCCUCUGGAGCUCCGCCGGCCUCGACGAGGAGGGGCCGGCCGAGGAGCGGCAGAAAAAAGCUGGGUUUCCCGAGAGCAGCGAUGGCUCCAAGGACUCGGACAGCUCUGCCGGGCGCCGGGGCAGCGCCGGCCGGAAGCACGGGCGGUGGCGGGGCCGGCCGGACAGCCCCGGGGCACUGGUGUCCAAGGUGGUGAGAGCCGUCACUGCCAGGCACAGACCGGGAUGGAGGCUGCCGGCCGCGCCAGACUCCUCCAGCCGCAGGAACCUGACGGAGCUGCGCGGGGAGGCCCAGCUGGCCGUCUUCCAGCAGGGCGACACGGGCAGCGUGGAGGGGGCUCCCCAGCCCACCGAGAACAGCUUCACCCCCAAGUGCGAAAUCACGGGCAAAGACGCCCUGUCGGCGCUGGCCCGCGCCAGCACCAAGCAGUGCCAACAGGAGAUCGCCAACGUGGUGUGUCUGCACCGGGCCGGCAGCCUCAUGCCCCAGUCCGUGCCUCGCCACUGCCAGCUCUCCGGCAAGGUGAGCCCUGUGAUCCAGUGGGACGAGAGCCGGCUGCAGCAGGUGCCCCCCAGCCAGCCCGUGCGCAUCGCCUACAUGCUGGUCGUGCAUGGCAGGGCCAUUCGCCAGCUGAAGCGGCUCAUCAAGGCCGUGUACCACCAGCAGCACUUUUUCUACAUCCACGUCGACAAGCGCUCCAACUACCUCCAUCGCGAGGCCGUGGAGCUGGCCCGGCACUACGCCAACAUCCGUGUGACACCCUGGCGCAUGGUGACCAUCUGGGGAGGUGCCAGCCUGCUGAAGAUGUACCUGCGCAGCAUGAAGGACCUGCUGGAACUGUCCGAGUGGCCCUGGGACUUCUUCAUCAACCUGAGUGCCACCGACUACCCCACGAGGACCAACGAGGAGCUGGUGAUGUUCCUGUCCAAAUACCGAGAUAAGAACUUCCUGAAGUCUCAUGGCCGAGACAAUGCCAGGUUUAUCAAGAAGCAGGGCCUGGACCGCUUGUUCCACGAGUGUGACUCCCACAUGUGGCGGCUGGGCGAGCGCCACAUUCCCGAGGGCAUUGUGGUGGACGGGGGCUCCGACUGGUUCUCGCUGACGCGCAGCUUCGUGGAGUACGUGGUCUAUACCGACGACCAGCUCGUGUCCCAGCUGCGCCAGUUCUACACCUACACGCUGCUGCCAGCCGAGUCCUUCUUCCACACGGUCCUGGAGAACAGCCAUGCCUGCGAGACGCUGGUCGAUAACAACCUCCGAGUGACCAACUGGAACCGGAAGCUGGGCUGUAAGUGCCAAUAUAAACACAUAGUCGACUGGUGCGGGUGCUCCCCAAAUGACUUCAAACCCCAGGACUUCCUCCGGCUACAGCAACUCUCCAGACCCACCUUCUUUGCCCGCAAGUUCGAGUCAACAGUGAAUCAGGAGGUACUGGAGAUCUUGGACACACACCUCUAUGGCAGCUACCCCCCCAACACACCGGCCCUCAAGGCGUACUGGGAGAACGUCUACGACCGCGUGGACGGGCUCAGCGGGCUCAGCGAUGUCACCCUCACCUUCUACACAACCUUCUCCAGGCUGGGGCUCCACAAAGCUGUGUCCACGCCGGCAGUGAAGGCUGACAAGCUCUGCAGAUUUGAACCCCGGGGCUUCCCCUCCAGUGUGCACUUAUAUUUCUAUGACGACCGUUUCCAGGGUUACCUGGUGAUGCAGGAAGUGCAGAAUUUGGCAACUGGGCAGGCAGAGUCCCUGGAGGUGUGGAUGAUGCCCCAAGGAGCUCUGAAGCUGUCAGGUCAUGGAGGGCAGGCAAACCGCUUGCAAAACCUUGAGGUGGGCACGGAGUGGGACCCCAAGGAAAGACUGUUCCGCAAUUUUGGAGGCUUGAUGGGGCCUUUUGACGAGCCAGUGGCCAUGCAGAAGUGGUCACGGGGCCCCAACCUGACAGCCACGGUGGUGUGGAUCGACCCCACCUAUGUCAUUGCCGCCUCCUACGACAUCACGGUGGAUGCCGAGGCAGAGUUCACCCAGUACAAGCCCCCCCUCAACCACCCCCUGCGUCCCGGCAUCUGGACCAUCCGCCUCCUCCAGUUCUGGGAGCCUUUGGGGGAGAACCAGUUCCUGGUGGUGCCCCAGACCUUCAACCGCAAGCAGCCUCUCAGGAAAGAUGACAGCAACUGGCUGCAUGGUGGGCCCCCCCGCAAUGAGUACAUGGAUCAGAACUUCCAGGGCCUGGGGGGGAUCCUGAACCUGCCGCGCUCCGAGGCGGCGGAGGAGGACGCGGCACGGAAGGCGCAGCUGACGGGCAAGGCACUGGAGGACUGGGCGGACACUGCCAUUGGCACCUUCUGGGCUGUGGCAGAUGUCUGUGUCAGCAGCCCCUCCGCCUGCACCUCCCUGGAGACCUGCAGCAAAACGUCCUGGAGCUCCCUCUCCCCGGACCCCAAAUCGGAACUGGGGCCUGUCAAACCCGACGGGCGGCUGAGGUAGCAGGAGCAGCCGGGGGGUGGCCUUGGGAGCGAGGAGCAUCCUCCAUCUCUGGCGUGGGGUGUCUCCGGACCACAUCACCCUGUGCCAUUUGCACUGUAGUCACUCGAGGAAGAGAGAAUGGGAACCUUCAAGCAGGGGAAAACCUUCUCCUGUUGGGGUGUUUUGGGCAGAGGGAGAAGCAUGAGGUGGGUCUGCCCACGUCCCUAGGAACGGGCCCUUGCUGGCCAGGGAGAGCGUGCCGGGGUGCCCAUCCCUGUGGGGGCAUGUCUGGUGCCUGGGAAGAGCUGUGUCCUUGUUACUCCAGGCCUUGGAGCCUCAGGAAAGGGUGAUGUGGGAGGGAGGGAGGGACAGCUGGUGUGUGGGUGGGCUCUGGACCAGCUCAGCACCCUGCCCAGCCCUGGGCUGGAGCUCAGCAGGACCAGGCCGUUGCUGCUGGCUGCCCCCCAGGGGGCUGGCGAGGGACUGGGGACAGGCAAAAGCAGAACGAGUCAAAGCCUGCUAUGUGCACAGAACUGCUGCUGGCCCAGGGCUUGCAUCUCAUCCCCUCCACCCCAGCCCUUUAGUUUGUAUUUUUAUAAAUAUAUAUAUAUAGAAAUAUAUAUGAUGCAAAGUGCAAUAGAGACGAGGGCCCGCAUUGGCUGGGAAAUCCUUGUGUCUCCAUCUCCCCUCAGACUGUAACAUACCUUGUUCUCUUAGGUGUCCUGGUGCUACAGGACAGGGUGCUGGGUUGUUUACGUAUUUUUUUAUUAUUAUUAAUUAUUAUUAUUAUUAUUGUUUUGCCGUUUGCCCAUUUCCUGCUGGGGGCUGCUGGGGACCUGCAGCCUGCUGCCCUGGGGCAGGGUUGCCCCAGGUUGUGGGGUGCUGCCUGUCCCAUGGGGCAGCUGCCCAACUGUGCCAAAUGUCUGGAGCCCUGGUGUGUUGUGUGACAGCGAAUGGGGAGCGCUCAGUGCGUGGUUCCAGGCCAACAAGCCGCUGUAGACCCGGCCACUUUCAUCUCUGCUCCAGCAAAGGGAUGCCCCCAUCCCCUGCCAAAACAUCGUCCGUGGGGCCAACGUCCUGCUGUGGAUGAGACAGCAGCUUGCCGUGCCUGGAGGGCUGCCCCAUGCCACAGCUCCUUGGCCCGACCUUUUCUUUUCUCCUGCAUCAGCAGAAGCUCUUGGGACCUGCUGUGCUUCCCUGGACAAAAAGCAAAGAGGCGAGACAAGGUCCAGCCGGCUCCAUCCGCUCUCUGCUGUUCCUGCUUCCCUCUGUUCCGGAGGGAAGAGACGCCACCUCCUCCUGGGAAGGGUUGCAGUGGAGCAUCCCCCUUCCCUGCUGUCCUCCCAGGAUAUCCUCGGGGUCUGCCUCCAACAUUCUUUUCUCCAAGACUGAUGCUGCCUGGAGAAGUCUGGGUUUGGUUUUACCCUGGCAAGACACAUCACAGCUGGGGAUUAUCUGGAGCCUGUCUGGCCCAACCCUCUGCUCAAAGCAGGGUCUCAGGAGCCGGUGGGAUUUUGCUGUCUCCAUGGAUCUGUGCCAUCCUCAAUUUCCUCCUGUGUCCCAUCUCCCCCUGCCUGGCAGGUCUCACCCUCCCAGUCUCCAGUUUUAAGGAUGCUGGUGCUGCAAGACGUGUGUUGUAAAAUGGAGGAGAUGGAGACCUUGGUAUGUGAGGGCAGGUACCUGCUGGCACCUGGCCCACCCCUCCUGUGCCUACUCCUGCCUGGGGUGUUCUGGGAGCUGUGGAGGGAUGUGGGAGGGGAGAGGUGCCAUACAGGGGAGGAUGCCAAAACUCUGUGUCAGAAGCAUUAUGUAAAGUUGUCUUAAAUAUGCAACAUCAUCACAAAUAUAUCUAUAU